CUCUGUCGCCAACAAAAACAAGCAAAACAAUCAUCGGCCCGAGGAGUUUUUGCCGGAAUUGCACAAAAAUCGCUGUUUUUACACUUUUUUAUUGAGCGGCGGAUCAAUAUUGCAGAAAUCUGACGCGCAGAGAUGUGACGGAUAAGCCCGCAGCGUUGAGUAUGUGAUCGGCAAAAUUGUAUUCGUGUUUUCGAGCCUUCGGAAGAUGUUAUUCUGCAAAGUGAAUUUAUAAACGAUGGCACAGUCCAACACCGGAGGCGGGACUUCUUCCCGUCGGCACAGGGAUGUCCAUCACGAUUCUAAUACUUUAGGAUCGAGCAGAUAUGACACGGAAUGGGAAGCCAGAGAAGCUGCUCGGCAAAGAGAACUGGAAGAAGCUCGAGCGAGGGCAGCGCAGAUGGAGAAAACCAUGAGGUGGUGGUCGGACUGUACAGCUAAUUGGAGAGAGAAGUGGAGCAAAGUCCGCAACGAGCGAAACAAGUCGAGAGAGGAAGCAAAAAUUUUGAGAUCGAAACUGGAGGCGGCGCUGAAGGACACCAAUUCCUUCAAGAGGGACAAGGUGGAGCUCGAGUCGAUCAAUGUGAAGCUGCGCGACGAGCUGGACCGAAUGCAGCAGCUGAUUUUGCGUGAUUGGGAAGGGGGUGGUGAGAAGAAGAGCGAGGUGGUGAGUGCCGACGUGUACAACAUUCUGCGGACUAACCGCGACGACAGUGAGCUGGACAGUGUGAUGGACAAGGAGUUUGCCGUGGAGGAGUAUGUGCUGCAGGGCGCCGUGCCCAAACACGCCAUCGAACGCUUCAGCAGCUCCGGUAAAGACAGUGCUGUCGACGGGGACGACCUCGUCGAGGAGCACGACAGCAUCAGCAAGAUCGGGGACGCUCCGGACAGUGGGGACAACGAUGAUGAGUUCUCUGGGGAUUUGGAGUAUCUGCACCAAAAAAUGUCCAUGCUGCAGCUGCGCCUUGACGAAUCUCAAAAGAUGCUGCAAGCUGAAAGAGAAGAGCGAAAUCAGCUGAAAGUGUCUUUGGAAAAAGCGCAAGUGGAGCUUGCUGAUGUCAAAGGAACCGCUGAGGACUUGAGCCGACUCCGACAUGAGGCAGCCAAAGAAAUAAUCAAUCUGCAGGCCAACCAGCAGCAGGCUGCUCACCUGGCCCAGCUGGACAAGCGGGACGAAGCAGCUCAGAGAGACUCUUUGGACAGACGACUGGCUGGCCUCAGAGCAGAGGUGGGAGCUAUUGCUUCCAAUUUAUCCCCUGGUCUUGGUUCUGAACAUGAGCUUGAGCGUCUCCAGGCAGAAAAUGCCACAGAAUGGGGCAAACGUGAGCGUCUCGAAACUGAAAAACUGAGCUUGGAGAGGGAAAAUAAAAAGUUGAGAGCUGAAAUCAGAGAUUUGCAAGAGCGGCUAGAACGCAGGGGUCGACCGAUGCCCUCGGCAGACGCUGAGCUUCGUCAAGUGCAGCAAGAGUUGUCAGACCGUGGAAAAGAGCUGACAGAUUUAAAGCAUUCGCACACAAAACUGAAGAAAGUCCUCCAAGAUAAAUCUACUGAGCUUUCCCACGCCAUCCGAAGGGCCGAGCAGUACGAAGCUGAGGUGAAGCGAUUACGGACCAGAGUGGAAGAGCUCAAGAAAGAGUUGGCCACAGCUGAAGAUGAGGCCGACACAGCAACAAAUAAUAUACGAAAGCUGCAGAGGACCAAUGAAGAGUUGCAAGAGCAGAUUGAAAGUAUGCAGGUUCAGGUUAGGCAUCUAGAAACAAGUGACGAUAGACCACAAUUAGACGAGCCCUCAGCUCCCCCUCCCUCUAACACACCUUCACCCACUCCCUGACGUGUGUCGCACUUCCACAUCUGGGAUUUUGAGUCAGCGUACUAAAGACUUGAUGCAAGAAGAGCCCAGUGAUGAUGACCUCAAUGAAUUCUAACUCGUCCUAGUAGCAAUAGACCGACUUAAAAGGUAAAGUGUCAUAUUUUUAUUUAUUCGCAUUUCCUGCAGCAGUUUCUAAAUUUUGGCAUCGUUUAUUUUAUUUUACUCUGGCAGAAAGUCAUUAUCAAAGUAUAUUGUGCUUAAAUUCAUGAAGUAACUGCUUUUAUAUUAUUGUAUAUUUGUAUUUCUCGACAUUCCGUGUAAUUUAAAGCCACAUUUUAUCUUUAAUUAAAUGUCAUCCACUUUGAAUUCUGAAAUCAAAUAAAACAGUCAACCAAUAAAAUAUGUAAU